AUGGGCUCUGCCACGCUUGCACAUGCAAAGCUUUUGAACUGGUUGCUGUCGCUGUCGAGUCUGGUAUGCUGUUCUGCUGCUGCUUAUGUGGACGAGCCCAACCUGAGCAAGAGUUUCUUGCCUCACCAUGAACCUGAUGUUGGCUCUUCACAAGAUACGAGGUUACAUGUUUUCACAGUGGACUAUGACUAUGUGCAAAUUCCUUAUGAAGUUACUCUUUGGAUCCUCCUUGCCUCUCUUGCAAAAAUAGGUUUCCAUCUCUAUCACCGAUUACCAAGACUCAUGCCGGAAAGCUGCAUCCUGAUUGCCAUUGGAGCAUUAGUAGGAGUGAUCAUCUUUGCUUCUGAUCACAAAUCUCCACCAGUAAUGAACUCAAGUAUUUACUUCUUGUAUCUCCUUCCACCCAUUUUCCUGGAGGAGGGUUAUUUCAUGCCAACUCGCCCAUUUUUUGAAAACUUUGGGUCCAUCCUGUGGUGGUCUGUGCUGGGAUCUCUGCUAAACUCGUUUGGGAUCGGCCUCUCCCUCUACGGAGUGUGCCAGAUCGAAGCCUUCGGCCUGACCGACCUGAGCCUGCUGCAGAACCUGCUCUUUGGCAGCAUGAUUUCAGCCGUGGAUCCUGUGGCAGCUCUGGUAGUUUUUGAAGAAGCCUCCGUUAAUGAGCAGCUGUACAUGAUGAUCUUCGGAGAGUCAUUGCUAAAUGGUGGCAUAACUGUGGUUUUAUAUAACAUCUUCAUCGCCUUCACCCAGAUGCACAGAUAUGAAGAAAUCGAAUCCAUUGAUGUCUUUGCUGGCUUUGCUCGCUUCUUCGUGGUCGGGCUGGGUGGCGUGUUGUUCGGCAUCGUCUUUGGAUUUGUUUCGGCGCUCAUGACUCGAUUCACCCACAAUGUUUCUGCUAUCGAACCCCUGCUGGUCUUCAUGUUCAGCUACCUGUCAUACUUGUCUGCUGAAACCCUUUACAUCUCAGGCAUUUUGGCGAUGACAGCAUGUGCAGUGACAAUGAAAAAAUACGUGGAAGAGAAUGUUUCCCAGAAUUCCUAUACCACAAUAAAAUAUUUCAUGAAGAUGCUGAGCAGCGUCAGCGAGACCCUGAUUUUCAUGUUCAUGGGAGUGUCUACAGUGGGGAAAAACCACGAGUGGAACUGGGCCUUCAUUUGCUUCACUCUGCUCUUCUGCCUCGUUUGGCGGACACUGAGUGUAUUUGCUCUCUUCUACAUCAGUAACAAGUUCCGAACAUAUCCCUUCACCUUCAAAGACCAACUCAUUAUUUCCUACAGUGGCCUUCGAGGAUCCAGCAGCUUCUCUCUUGCAUUCUUGCUUCCAGUGAAUCUCUUCCCAAGGAAAAAAUUGUUCAUUACUGCUACUCUUGUAGUUAUAUAUUUCACUAUGUUCAUCCAAGGAAUCACAAUUGGACCUUUGGUCAGAUAUCUAGAUGUUAAAAAGACCAACAAAAAGGAGUCUAUCAACGAAGAAAUUCAUGUGCGAUUGAUGGACCACUUGAAGGCUGGUAUUGAAGAUAUAUGUGGACAUUGGAGUCAUUAUCAGCUGAGAGAUAAAUUUAAGAAGUUUGACAAUAAGUAUUUGAAGAAAAUCUUAAUUCGGGAACACCAGCCCAAAUCCAGCAUUGUGUCAUUGUACAAAAAGAUGGAGAUAAAACUGGCCAUUGAGAUGGCUGAGAGUGGCAUGAAAAUUUCAAAAUCAUCCACAGCUUCUUUACAGAGUGGUAGAAAUCGGCGUGUGCACAGGCUCUCCCCUGCAGAGGUGGAGUCCAUGAGAGAUGUCCUGGCACAUAAUCUAUAUCAAGUGCGACAAAGGGCACCAGCAUACAACCGACACAACUUGCCUACCAACACAAAUGAGAAACAAGCCCAAGAAAUCCUCGUCCGUCGGCAGCACAGCCUGAGACAGAGUUGCAGGAAGGGAAACAGCUUGCCUUGGGGUGGACCGGCUAGCACCACGAGCAUACGCUACCUCUCUUUGCCUCAGGGCCCCAGCCAGCCCACUAGACGAAAAGCCAGGCGUGUUGCUUUUACAGCUCCUAAACCUGGUAGAAGCAGGUCUGACACACCCAAUGUAAUCAAAGCGCCCUAG